CACAGCGCUGGGCGGGCUCAUUGUCGUCCUGCAGCCGAAAAUGCAAUUCAAGCGGCUUGGAUACCUUCAGGGCUUGGCGGCCGGCCUGAUGCUGUGCAUCUCCAUGCUUGACCUCAUGCCGGCCGCGACGGAGGAGGUCGGCUUCGCGGCCGCCAACACCUGGUUCUUCGCCGGCGUCGCGUUCUUCGCCGUGGUGGUGCACUUCAUCCCCGAGCCCUCCAGCGAGGGGCUGGUGCUGGAUGAGGCGGAGCCCGCCGCCCCCGCCAUCGCCAGCUCCAAGAAGCAGGACGGCGACGGCGACGGCGCUGCCGGGAAGGCAGCUGCUGGCAAGGCCGACAAGGGGACCGCCGGCAGGAGGCCCACCAAGCGGACUAGCGACUCCUCUGCUGCUGCCCAGGCCGACACGACCGUGGCGGCACCGGCCUCCGCCUCCGCCUCCUCUGUGGCCGCAACCGGUGGCACGGCUGCCGAGCGCGCUGCGCGGCGUGAGGCCAAGAAGCGCGUGCUGCUGUCCGGCCUCAUCACCGCCAUCGGCAUCGCGCUGCACAACUUCCCAGAGGGCGUGGCAGUGUUCCUGGCGUCCAUGAAGAGCCACGCUGUGGGCGCCUCCCUGGCCUUUGCCAUUGCGCUGCACAACGUGCCGGAGGGCGUGGCAGUGGCGCUGCCGGUCUACUUCGCCACCGGCUCCCGCUGGCGCGGCUUCCUGUACGCGGCCACCUCGGGUCUGGCGGAGCCGGCGGCAGUGGUGGUGCUGGCGCUGUUCUUCCCCUCGCAGGGCCUGGACAAGCAGCUGGUUGAGAAGCUGCUGGCAGCCGUGGGCGGCAUUAUGGCCUUCCUGUCCAUUAGUGAGCUGCUGCCGCUGGCCUUCGAGCACGCCGGCCGCUCUGCCGCCGUCAUCUCGCUGUUCGUGGGCAUGGCGAUCAUGAGUGCCAACCUGUACAUCUUGGACCACUGGAUGGGGCACGACCACUGAUCAAUGAAUCAUGUGGCGACAAGGCCUCACCGACCACUGAAUGUGUGGGCACGGUGACUUGGUGGCUCGCUGGGGAUGCGGCGAUCGGCACGAACAGGACCCAAAGGGCGUUGGUGGGAAGGCUGUGUGCAUGGAGGCAGCGACGGCAGAGCUGUCGGCGAUGUCGCCAUCGGGCGCUGCUGAGUGGGCGUGCGGUAUUGAGGCAUGGGGGCGAUGGGGCCAGCCUGGCCAUUGCUUUGCUGGUUUGUUCAAAUCUGGGUGAGGCGGCGGUGUGGCUCAGCCGCUGGCGCGGGCGCGGCCGAAUGGCGGUGGCAAGUGCUUAAAACUGUGGGGGCCUGUCACUUCGCUGGGGCCAGCACCAUCCGUAUGGCGCACAUCUACGGUAUGCGGUAGCCUGUACAGCCCUCAAAAGCAUG